UCCAGAUAAAACGAGUGAGGGAAAAGUGAGUCAAAGAACCCCACAUUCCCCGUCUCCGACCUUGCGAGAGCCGAGCGAACCACCCCGAAAUCGUUUCGAGAAUGUUGCGUCGAGCAAUGGGGCUAUUGGCCCGACCCAUAGCAGCCUCAGGGGCUCGAUCUUUCUCCACUGAUCUGCCGGCGGCUCAGACCGCCGAUGCCAUGUUCGUGGAGGCGUGGAACAAAGUGAUACCCAACAUGGAUCCUCCCAAAACUCCUCUCUCUUUCAUGCAGCCUCGACCCGCUACCCCUUCCUCCAUUCCCUCCAAGCUCACCGUCAAUUUCGUUCUCCCUUAUGCUUCUGAGUUAGCUACCAGAGAGGUUGACAUGGUUAUUGUACCAGCCACAACCGGACAGAUGGGUGUUCUUCCAGGACAUGUAGCAACAAUUGCGGAACUGAAGCCUGGUGUGCUGUCGGUGCAUGAAGGAAACGAAACUACAAAGUAUUUCGUCAGCAGCGGUUUUGUUUUCAUCCAUGCCAACUCAUUCGCAGAUAUAAUUGCUGUCGAGGCUGCCCCACUCAAUCAAAUCGAUGCUAAUCUUGUUCAGAAAGGACUUUCGGAGUUCACCCAGAAGCUGAGCUCAGCCACAACUGAUUUGGAGAAAGCUGAAGCACAGAUCGGAAUCGAUGUUCAUAGUGCACUCAACUCAGCUCUCACAGGCUAAAAGUGCCUGUUGCAAUUAUUUUCAUUGGUUAGUGCUCUUCCUUUACAUCUAUCUCAUGGAUGCUGAUGCUAUUCUGAAGAGAUAU